AAUCAACUUUGAUAAUCAAUAAUGAUAAUAGAUGCAGAUUUGCAUAUUAUGAGAAGCCACGUAUGCUAUUACUUCUCUAAGUCACGUAUAUACACACAUACAUACCAUACAACAUAUAUAGGCCACACAAUCACACUAUCCAAUGUCCAAUGCGAAUACGUCUAAUCUACAGAGUAUCAGGCAGCCAGUGUCCGGCCGCCAACGGUCGUGCUGCUUUAUACACCAGUGUCAGCGAGAGAGCGACUCUGCCAAAGAUGAUUUAUAAAAACCGUUGCGGUUGAAGUCAUCGGCUAAGAAAAGCCGACAUCGUGCAAUGGGUGGGAUAAAUUGGAAUGAAUUGUUUCCAGGAAGAUGGAGUCCUAUCAUUUUCAUUUCCUAUAUGGCUCUCUUUGUAAAUCAAGGUAUUCUUGUGACAUGGUCCCAAAGAAGCGGUCGCUAUGAGUACAACAUUGUAGCAGUUGUAUUGUUGACAGAGGUCUUGAAAUUAUUCAUAUCUAUAAUAUUAUAUUGCAAGGACAAUAGCAUAUUUACUCUAUUUAAGGAAAUAAGAACAAAUAAAAAAGUACUUCUGCUGUAUAUGAUACCCUCACUUUUAUACUGUCUCUACAACAAUCUAGCGUUUGUUAACUUGGCUAGAUUCGAUCCUACAACUUAUUAUGUCUUGCUGCAACUUCGAGUUGUAUUCACAGGAGUCGUUUUUCAGGUCAUUUUUAACAAAAAGUUAUCGGCGAUACAAUGGUUCUCUUUAGUGCUCUUGACAGUCGGUUGUAUGGUGAAGCAUUUCGAUAUUAGUGUUUUCAACACUGAAUUCCAUGUAGAUAGUUCUCUACUUUUAGUUCUUGUACAGACAAUAUGUUCUUGCCUAGCUGGUGUAUAUAACGAGUACCUACUUAAACAGCAAGGUGCGGACAUCAAUAUAUUUGUACAAAAUGUAUUUAUGUAUAUCGACAGUAUUUUCUGCAACAUCGUAGUAAUUAUUGCAUUAAGUAUAUUCCAAAACUGUUUUAAUAAUAUAUUCAGUAAUGUUGAUAUCAGCGCGUUUGUGCAACCAAUAGUGAUAUUAAUUAUGUUAAAUAAUGCAUUUAUCGGCAUAAUAACGAGUUUCUUUUUGAAGAAUUUAAAUUCCAUAUUGAAGACGUUCGCUAGCGCGAUGGAAUUGAUAUUCACAGCGCUGCUUUGUUGGCUUAUAUUUAAUAUACCUAUUAAUAUAAAUACUGUGAUUUCUAUCGCUAUGGUGAGUUUCGCUGUUGUACUGUACUCGAGAAAUCCAGUACAAAAUACGCAACCAAGAGACAAAGAAAGCAAAAGCCUUUUAGUAUAAACAAUUUUAAUAUUAAAUGUAUUUAGUAGUUACGAUAGUAACUGGACAGUAUCACAAAUACUAGAACAAUGCAUAUUACCAUUAAUAAAGCUGCUAUAAGUGCGAUUUAUUGCAACAUGAUGAUACAAAUCAAAUGAUUCAAUAAUUAUGUAAUAAGUUAACAUUAAUUUAAGAUGGUGAACUAAAUAAAAAUAUUGUGAUUUCUUUUUAGAGUAUAAAUUAAUACAAGAUUAAGGAGAUUGAAAUACAUAGACGUUCAAAGUUUAA